GCUAACGGCUGCCAGAAAGGCUAACGUAGAUGCACUUAAAGACCACAAGUCUUCGUCGAAAUUAAUUGUUUUUGUUUCAGUAAUAGAUAAACACGUUAAAGAAUGUACAACCACGUAAACCUGGGGUGAAUCAUGCGCAAAUGAGACUCGGCAGCAUGCUCUAUGGGAGUACAAACGUUGGUAAAUGUAAGUUUAACUGUCGUUGAGAGGUUUGAAGGUGUUGGACACCCACAUGACUUCCAGAGGGACAGCCAGGAUGGGAGACAUCCUGGCAACAGAGGCUGAUCUCCUUGGGAUGAUAAAAGAGUUCCUUAAAUUUGAGGACUUUGACGAGACUGUUCACAGUUUUGACAAGGAAUGCAAAUGCAAAGGGAAGCUGGUCUCAAAGCCUCAAGGAAGUGCUCUCAGAGACUCAAAGACUCUAAUCAUUCAGAAAGACUUGCUAAGUUCUUUUGAUGAUGGAGACCACAAAGUGUUCUUUGAACUAUGGGCAGACAAUAUUCCUUCUGAGGUAAGAGACACAGACGCCGAGGCUCAGAGCCUGGAGUUCUUCCUCCAUAUCCACUUCACUAUCUACCCACUGAGGACACACCCCGGCAGACAUGACCAAGCAGAGUUUGAGGAGCGAAUUUCCUACUUCAAGCAGUACCUGGAGACUAGAGGAGCAGCAUUGAGCCAGACCACAAAGUUUCUGCCUUACUAUGCCUUGCCUUUUGUUCCUAACCCCACCAUCCAUCCCUCCUUCAAAGAUCUUUUCCAGGAUUCCUGGAUACCACACUUGAAGGAGAAGCUGAAGCAGUUUUUGUCAGUGACACUAAAGCCGUCCAACACACCAAGGCUGCUCAGCUUAUAUAAAGAGGGAGGGCGGACUGCUAAAGACACCAUACAACAGUUACAGCUCCAACUGGUUGAAUCAGACCGGCGCAUCAUCAGCUAUGUGCGGAAGUACAACAAGAUGCAGGCAGACUACCACAACCUGAUUGGGAUCACUGCUGAGCUGGUCGACUCAUUGGAGGCAACCAUCAGCGGAAAAAUGAUCUCCCCAGAGUACCUGCAGAGUGUGUGCGUUCGCCUGUUCAGCAGUCAGAUGAGGCAGAGCGUGGUGCAGAGCACUGACUUUACCAGACCAGGCACUGGCUAUUACUCUAUGAGUCCCUAUGAUGAUGGCUAUGCUUCCUCGAUGCUACGAGCGUCCAUUGCACCACCGAGAUCCAAAGAGGUGCCAAUGCUGCCCUCUCUGGACUAUGAGAAACUUAAGAAAGACUUGUGUGACGGUCCAGACCGACUGAAGUCCCUGUUGCUUCAGGCACUGCGCUGGAGACUGACUCGCUCACUCCCUGGUGAACAGAGGGACACAGUGCUUCAGGCUUACAUCAGUAAUGACCUGCUGGAGCGCUACAACACAAAACAGAAAACCGUGCUUCAUUUAAUGAGAUCAAAGAACGAGCUUGUCCGCCAGUACAUGGCUCAACUCAUCAAUGCAUUUGCUUCCCUUGCAGAGGGCCGUGUUUACCUCUCCCAGAUUCCCAUUCUUCUCAAACUUCUGACAGAGGCUCUCAGGGCAGAGGAAAAAGAAUCUCUGACUAGAGAGAAUGUACUAGUGGCUCUACAGAAACUAAGUCUCAGGAGGGGUCAGCAGACCUCUAUGAUAGCAGAUGACCUGAUUCGCUGGCUGGUGGACGAGCUGCAGGAUUCAGACUGCUUGAGUGACUACACCCUGGAGUACUCUGCUGCUCUUCUCAUGAACCUGUGUCUACGAACAAAAGGCAAAAGGAAGUGUGCAGAGAACGCCAAGCAUGUGCUAAAGGUUCUAACUGACCUUCUUGGACAUGAGAACCAUGAGAUUCGUCCGUAUGUGAAUGGAGCCCUCUACAGUAUCCUGUGUAUUCCCUCUGUGAGACAGGAAGCCAAAGAGAUGAGUGUAGAGGAGAUCCUCCGCUGCUACAGCAAGGAGCAGAACCCAGACCUUAACAGACAGAUUGAGUUCAUCAUUAAACAGCUGAACUCAGCUGAAGAAGAGGGUCCAGAGUCGGAUGAUGAAGAAGAGGAGGAGGACAACGAUGAGGAUUUGAUGGAGGCAGACCUUGAUAUAGAAGAAGUUCUCCAACCACAGCCCAGGGAGCUGUGUGGGGAGAGUCUGCUCACAACCGAAUACCUGGGCAUCAUGACCAACAUGGCAAAAGUAAAGAGGAAGAUGACCCCUCAGCAGCUGCCAUGUGUUGAUGAACCCCUACAACGGCCAGUCACCCCAAGUUCUCAUCGCAAUGUCAAUACAGGGGAUUAUCGAUCCGGCAGUCAGGGCGUUGAAGGAGGGAGCCUCCCACCUUCCCAACACAACUCUCGACCUCCAACACGCUCUGGCAGUCGCCCCAGCACAGCUGACUCCCUGCGUCACAGCAUUGAUUCUGAAUGUGGCCGGUUGUCCCAGGAAUCAGAAUUGGACGGUCUGUAUGAAGGGGCUGCCAGGAAAGAACGGUCCCAGGCAGAUCACAAUGGACACUCUGACAGUGAUGGUUAUUGUCCUGCAUUUGAAAGCCAACCCAAGAUUCCCCGUACGCCUGACACGCCAACCAGCCGGAACAGUGCCAGCCAGGCUCGAGGUCUGACUCUGGCACCCCAGUUCUCCCAGUCAGAGCCACAGCAGAGUAGCCGGCCAAGCUCUGCUGGCUCAACAGGAGGAGGGGGACAACACAGUGGAGGCAGCCAGUCAAAGAGGAGGUGAAGAGGGAGCUGUCACCGUGGAGUAGUGCUAUCUCCCCCAGAGCAUCAGGCUUCCUGUAACAUCAUCCCCCCAGGUUGCAAACAGGGUCAGAGCAUCAGAGAUGGUUGAGGAUCGGCAGCAGGAGGAGGAGGAGGAGCUUAAACAAUGUGAAGGAUUGUUGCUCUGCAUUUUUUGUCUCCCCCCCCCGCUGUAGUACAGACUUCUUCUGCAACAAGAUCUGAGGUCAGACAAUAAUCACAGCCCUCAGAUGAUGGCACACCUUAAUACAUGCAGCAUCCUUCAGAAAGGAAAAACUUAAUGUUUUACAAGAUAUCUUAGGAAUGAUUCCCAGCUCAGCUGUAUAGAUUUAAGUGUGCUCCAAUUCUCACUGCCUUUCUGUAUGUUUAACAAAGGAUUCCAGUAAUACAACACAGAUAGGUUCGCAUUUUUGUCUUUCAGUUACUUAUACAGAUGUUACAAAAAGGGAUUCAAAUCUGUAACUGUCUGAAUUUCAUCUUAAACAAAGAUUUGUGACCUGGGUCGAAAAUGUCCUUCCACAUGAACAAAUAAUCACACCAGCUUCACUUUAAAACAUCUCAUAUCAGAGUAGCUGCUUUUUUAACUCCAGGAAUGUUUACAAAAAGACUCAGGUCUUGGCUUGAAAUGUCAGGCUGGUGCAUGUUUUUAAGACAUUGAACUGCUUAUUGUUGUUAAAAUGAUAUAAUCCAAAUAACUUGAAUCUGUGUGUCUUAAAUCCAUAAUUGGUGUCACUGGACAUUUGCACUGUUGUCCAGAUGUGGUUAUAUUUGGUUCUUCUGUGUCGAGUGCUGCAGUUUGGUUGUAAUGUAUUUUUGUAGUAGGUGAUUUUGAUACUUAAAGUAGUUUU